AUGCCGUCGCCAUCGCCGGCACGAGGGCGCUUUCGCUCGCGAUCGCGGUCGCCCAAGCCCAACAAGGACCACAGCGCCCGGUCGCGGUCGCCCUCUCGAUCGCGCAGCCGAUCGCGCUCGUCGGCGCGCAACGGUGGUGGCGGGGGAGGGCGCGGCCGAAGUUACAGCCGGAGCAGGAGCCGCAGCUACAGCCGCAGCCGUAGCUACAGCCGCGGGCGCAGCUACUCCAGGAGCCCGAGUCGUCGCAGCGACAGUCGCAGCUGGAGCCGCAGCCGCAGAGGCAGCGAGGGCCCCUUGGCCAAGAGCACAAAGAUUGUCGUGGAGCGUUUGACAAAGACAAUCAACGAGAACCACCUGUACGAGAUCUUCGGCAUGUUUGGCCGCAUCAAGGACCUCGAUCUCCCAGUGAACCGAGCCUUCAACACGAAUCGAGGCACCGCGUACAUUUUGUAUGACCGCGAGGCCGACGCCGAAGCCGCCAUUGCCAACAUGCAUGAGGCCCAAGUCGACGGCGCCACGAUCCACGUGUCCAUCGUGCUACCACGACGCAAGCUCUCCCCAGCGCCGCCGACAGCCCGGCGCGGCGCGAACAUUGACCCCCGCGUGCCGUUCGCGGCUGGCGGGCGCGGAGGAGGCGGUGGUGGUGGUGGCGGUGGUGGCGGCCGACGUCGUCGAGGCGGCCCGCCUACCUCCCCGGGAGGCGGUAGCAAAUUCGGACCUCGCUCGGAUGUCUAUCGACCCGGCGGCGGUGGCGCCGGCGGCUCGUCGCGUUCCCGGUCACCGCCGCCUCCACGGGGCAACGGUGGAGGAGGCAGAUACAGGAGCCGCUCGCGCGCCUCGUACUCUUCGCGGUCACGCUCGCCGCCGCACAGAAAAGGUGGCGGCGGCGGCGGCGGCGGCGGCGGCUACGGUCGUCGCAGUCGCAGCGUAGACAGCCGCGAUGGCCGCGGUCGAGGCGGAUACUGA